UCUAACAGAAAUCCCCACUUUUACCACUUUAUUGGGGCCAGGAUUUUUUGCAGAGCCUGAUCUGCUCUGGAGCAUGAGAAACAAGGGAUGCUUGAAUCUUACAUUUUCUGUCAGCUGUUUCUUUGUAUGUACACACACAGCACCGUUCUCACUAUGAGAAGCCUCUUCACAGAAUUCCAUCCUGCAACCCUCAGCACGGCCCUAGGACACCAAUGCAUUGGCUGUGGCCUCAUGUAUGACUUGGUUGGAAAGGCGGUCUGGUCAUAUGUGAGCCCCAAUCACAUCUCUGACAGUAAAGCAGCCCCAUGCAUUUCUGCCACGGCUGGUCCCAGCAAGGCUGCAGGUCAGUGUUUUAGGUACCAGAGAAGUGGGAGGUCCAGAAACUAUUGCCCAAAGCCAGGAUGUUCAGCCAGAGGAAAGUCUUUCCACUUUUUGCUCGAAUAACAGAGGCAUGUUUGUCGUGUUGCACCUGGCCCAGCAGAGUCCUUGAAGAGGGGUUACUCUUGGGCCAUCAAGGGGUGGAUCAGGCUCACAGCUGAGGGUCACAGGCUCACUUCCAGAGAACAGUUGUCAAGGGACCAGUGACCAGCAUCCUGGGGUGUCACACAAUCUCACAGCAUUUUCAUCAGUGCAUAAGAGAAAGGGAAAAGAAGCAAAGUAAAAAAAAAAAAAAAUCAACCUGCUGGAGAACGCAUUUGAACACACUUUUGGGGAAGGAUUUUGCACAAACAGAAGGUGCAGGUGUCCCCAAGAGCUCGGAAGCCAGAGCCCUGAACAGCCCAGGAGCAAGAGGGCCCUGAUCUUGGCUCUGACCACUAGGUGGUACCUCAGGCUGUCGCUGGAGAGCAGGGACAGAGGGGGCGGUGGCGGGAGGCGGGCCUGUGAGGCUGCAUAAAGGCAAGGAAGCCAGUGGGAGGCUGAAAUCGCCUCUGCCCUAGUCCUCGUCCUGGGGGGAUGGUACUUAGCCCUGGUGCCCAGGCCGAGCCAGCAUCCCGAGUGAGGCCCGAGGGCUGCUGUGUGAGAGGAGCAACACCAGGGAGAAGGGUAAAGAGCCACGUUUUCUAUUCCCUGCAAGUCAGCUUGAACAGAUGCAAACCAUGCCUGACCUACGUGUGGAGGAGAGCCAGUAACCUGUGGCCAAGAAGAGGCACAAUGAAUUCCUCGUUCCACCUGCACUUCUUGGAUCUUGAGCUGAAUGCCACGGAGGGCAACCUGUUGGGACCAGGACUGAAUGUCAGGAACAUGUCCUUGCCGUGUGCUUACAUGGGCAUUGCCAUGGAGGUGUUCCUGACCCUGGGCCUCAUCAGCCUGCUGGAGAACAUCCUCAUCAUCAGAGCUGUCAUGAGGAACAGGAACCUCCAGGUCCCCAUGUACUUCUUCAUAUGCAGCUUGGCGGUGGCUGACAUGUUGGUGAGCUUGUCCAGCUCCUGGGAGACCAUCACCAUCUACCUGAUCACCAACAAGCACCUGGUGAUGGCAGACGCCUCCAUGCGGCACCAGGACAACGUGUUUGACUCCAUGAUCUGCAUCUUCGUGGUGGCCUCCAUGUGCAGCCUGCUGGCCAACGCCGUGGACCGCUACGGCACCAUCUUCUACGCCCUGCGCUGCCAGCACAUCAUAACCGGGAGGUGCUCGGCGGCCAUCAUCGCAGGCAUCUGGGCCUUCUGCCCCGGCUGCGGCACGGUCUUCAUCGUGUACUAUGAGUCCACGUACGUGGUCGUCUGCCUCAUCGCCAUGUUCCUCACCAUGCUGCUCCUCAUGGCAUCUCUGUACGUCCACAUGUUUCUCCUGGCUCGCACCCACGUCCGGCGCAUCACCGCCCUGCCUGGGUACAGCACCGCGAGGCAGAGGAGCAGCGUGAAGGGAGCUGUCACCCUGGCCAUGCUGCUGGGAGUCUUCCUUGUGUGCUGGGCUCCCUUCUUCCUCCACCUUAUCUUGAUGAUCUCGUGCCCUCAGAACCUCUACUGCUCUUGCUUUAUGUCUCACUUCAACAUGUACCUCAUCCUCAUCAUGUGUAACUCUGUGAUCGACCCUCUGAUAUACGCCUUCUGCAAUAAAGAGAUGCGGAAGACCUUUAAGGAGAUUGUUUGUUUUCAUGGUUUCAGAACACCCUGUAGAUUCCUGAGCAGGUACUAAACUAAAAGUUCUUUCUGCAGCUCUUUUCUCCCUCAUCGUCCUUGUGACGAGGUGGGUCAGGAACAGCCAAAACUGGAGAUCACACUGCGCAUUCCAGUCAUCUUUUUUUCCACCUUGAAUUUGUGCUUAAGAUGCAAUUUCUACCCCGUGGCGGUCGUUGGGUCAGAGGUCCACGUGCUGCUUCUCCACCUCGGCAACGCCUGUGACAAUGUCUUCCUGCCUG